AUGGGGCCUACGGAAGCUUCGAGGAAGCUUGGUUACCCGAAGGGGACUUUGAUCGGAUGGAGAGACCAGUACUCAGACCGCACUCUAAGCAAGGACCCUGCUCCACUUCGACCAUCCAACCGCUUGCGAGCACCAGGUGGUGGGCGGAAGCGCAAGACUCUGGAUUGUGAAGGUUCCGUUCGUGAAUACUACGCGAAAUCUCUUCGACAAGACGGACGGGUCAGAAACGCAGAUAUUCUGGCAUAUUGCCGCACCAAGAAGGAGUUCACCGGUAAAGUCAAGUCAAAUGGUGCACAGGCCGUUUGGGUAAGCCGUUUCAUAGCGCACACUAAGAUUACAGCUGCUGGCAUCUCAGAUGCUGACGCUCAGCCUCCUGCUGCAACCGCUUUCGCGCCCAACGAAGCCCCCGACGAUACCCCCCCCAAGUCUUCCACUACAGCAGCCAUUGCGUCUGAUGCCAACGCGCUCGAUUACAGCCUGGACGACGCCCCAGAUGAUGGCCCAGAUGACGCCCGUGACGACGCCCAUGACGACGGGCCUGACAACGGCCCAGAUGACCCGGGCGAGGCCCCCAUCGAUACUCCCCAGUCUCCCGCGGCAGCGGCCAUUGCGUCUGACGUCGCACCCGACGACGAUGCUCAUGACGGCAUCCUGAAUGACACUCCACACGACGGUCGUAGGCGUCCAUCAUCUGCACCCGACCAUGACGCACCGAUGGCCACCACUCCAAAGAGCGAUAAUUUAGCGCUGCAACCCAGGAAGCGUUAUACUCUUCGUGAUCGUGGUACGUCCGCUAAAUUCCUCUUCCGGUAUCCAAACGAAGAGAGAUCAAGCUCUCCGUCACGUAUCACGGUUGGUGUUUAUCCAGCCGACCUUUUCUCUGUUGAGCCGUGCCAGCCAUUAAUAGCUUCGGUGGUUGAUUUUGUGAUUUACAAGCGCAUUGCUCGAGGAAAAGGUUUUGUAUAUCCAUUUGGCAGCUCACUGUUUGUUCAGAUAGAGCACGUGGACCAGUCAACUAAAUCAUUCUCUGCUGUCAAGGAGUUGGUGGACAAAGUAGAAUGGGAUUGUUAUCCUGUUGUGUUUAUACCUGUUGCAGCGGUGGAGCACUGGAGCCUCCUAAUAGUGGAGCAUCCCCUCUCUGAUCGAGUACAGUGCUAUCACGUCGACUCAGUGGCAGCGAAGCACCAGUCGGAGUAUGUUUUUGAUGUGGCCAAGCUCUUCAUGGAAGAGAUCAGUGGUCAUUCUGCAGUGAUGGAGGGAUUAGCGUUGACGAUGCAACCUGAACAGCGAAACUACUACAAUUGUGGUGUGUACAUGUUGUACUGCAUGAAUAAGAUUGCCCAACAUAUCGUUGAAAACUCACCCAAGACUCUGAUGAACGAUAUUCGCAAGUUGACGAGCAAGUGUACAGCCUCUAAGGCUGAUAAGUUUCGAGCCUCAAUGCGUGGGGAGUUCCAGAAGAGAUUGCAAUGUGCUUGACGAACGCCAAGCUUAGGACGUCAAGCUUAGGAAGUAAUGCAGUUUGGAAGACAGCAUGCAUUAAAUUGUCAAUCAAGCACUGCUUCUCAUGA